UUCUAGUACAAUUGAAUGACCUUUACAAAUACUCAUCUUUUGAAUUCAUUUUUCAAUAUUUCAUGACAUGCGAAUGUCAUCUGUCGAAUUUAAAUGACGAUCUUGAUUUCCACCUUAAUUCGAUUUCCAAGCUUUAUGGGAUACAUACUCUUUCUUACAAAAUUAUUAUUUUAUUGGCUAAUUGUUAAAUCAACUAAACGGACGAAACUUUUAUUCUUAAUAUUCUGCAUUUAAUUAUAUUAGUCACAAUUGCAUGUACUUAUGAUAUCCAAUAAAAAGUGCAAAUCUUUUUCUGUAAUGUUCUAUUGGCCAUCUUGGAGUGUUACAUUAAGUACGAUUUCCAUUACUGCAAGUUUUUUUUUAAAUAUUCCUUUGUACCUCUUAAUUGCUAUUUGUUAUUAGUAAAUUACUAACGUAACAUAAAAUAGUAAUAAAGUAAUGCGAUGUAUUCGUUAAAACAUUGAAAGACGAUUGUGAUUAACAUUUGGAUCGACGAUCGAAUUACUUUGUGGAAGCUGGAUACAUGGCAGACGACAGAGAACUUUACAAUCUGUCAAUACGAAGUUAAUCGCAACAAUAUUUUAUUAAGCGUUAACGAUUCCAUAAAAGACGACCUUUAUCGGACUGGCAGCCGAGGAAGAUGACGAUGUUAUGAGGAAAUAGAUAACGUUGAAACGUGUAAAAGCUGUCCAUAUUUCUAGUUCGUAUUGAACAACAGGGUUAUGAGGCUCCAAUUUCGAAGUCUCGUUAUUCGUAAAUAUUUUUUCGGAAUUUUUACUAUAAUUUGUGUAUUACACAAUGGCUGAAAAAUGUAAGCAAUGUGGCUGCAAGUGUACAAGUUGCAAUCAUGAGCAACACGGGGACAUGCAUUUGCAUGUAGAGAUAGAGAAUUUACGUCAACGUCUAAUAGAAAGGGACAAUCACAUUGUAACAAUGGAAACACAGUUUUUGAGUGAAGCUGAAAAGUUUCCGAAUGGAGAGCUGGCCUCCAUGAAGGAGGAACUUUCAAUCUGGCAGGAAAAAUAUUCAAGAUUGCACGAAGCUCACAAACGUGUUCAAAGAGUAAAUCAAAAUCUUGAGGAUAAAUUGUUGAGGAUUGUAGAUAAAUGUGAAACAGAGAAAAGUGCAUUUACUAAGGAUAUUGCUACAUUAUCUCAUAGGCUAGCUGAUGCAAACUGUACUAUACACCGUUUAACUCAAGAUAAUGAAAAAUAUAGAAAUGAUGUAAACUUGGCAAUACAACUCCUUCAGUGUAAACCUUCUAAUUUUGUUGGACAAAAAUAUGAUUCCUUACCUUCUGAGGUACAAGCCAAAGUUAGAACCUAUGUUGCACAGAAGAAACAUCCCAGUGAUGUCUCACCCCCUGAUGUAAAAAGUAUUACAGUACCAAUUUCAACAUUUCCUCCAACGGCAAUGGUCUAUAACGUGACCAAGUCUACAGUUGACAAAGAUGACGAUGACAUAGAUGAAUCGAAGCCGCCGGUCGACAUAGUUUCAGCCGCUAUAAUGGCUAAGGUUUUGGAAGAUAGAGAGAAAGAGAGAAUAUUCGGAAAGCAUUGCGAUACCUGUACUUGUCACCGAAGUAUUUUAACGAUUGAUGCUGAAACGCAAACUGGCGUGCCAGAUGUUUUCUCUUGCAAUGAGUGUACGAUGAAGCGCGCUCAAAGCGUGCAGAAACAUUCUGAUAAUUUAAAGAACAUUGAAAAAAAUUGCCAAAAUAAAGAAAGUCAAAACACUGUACUACACGUAGCUUACCACGAAGUAAAUGAAAAUAUUGCAUGCAAAGAAAAAUUUCAGAACAGUUGCGCAAGACAUGGUAACCAUCAGCAGUUGUGUAUAAAGGAUAAAUUUACAAAUAGAAAUGGUAAAAUUGUAGACAAUUUGAAAGAGGAUGGUCGAGCGAGUGUUAACGUGAAGACUAACAAAAAAACCUUAAUUCGUCGUAACGAUCCACAAUUUGAAAAUACAUUUCAAAAUCAACAUGAGAACACGGCUAAGCAGAUGGUACCUCAAAAGGUGACCGAUGCGUUUAUGAGUAAAAUGAAUUUUGACAAAGGGAAACAGACGAAACUAAAUAAAAAAUGUGAACUCCAACUCGAUAGCAGAAACACAAAUUCUUGGAACAAAUCGGAGAAGAAAUCCUCUAACUGUAGUCACGUAGUUUCUGAGAAUUCUAAAAAUAAUAUCGGUGGAAGAGAACAGAGUCAUAUUGAUAUAAUUAAUGAUAGAUUAUGGAAGAACGAAUGGACCAAAUUGAAGUCGCAGAUUAACACGAAAGAGGGCAAAGAGAAAAUUAACAGCGAUAUAGAGAUCGACGUAAUUAACGAUAGAAUUUGGAAGAACGAUAGAUCUGCCCAAGAGAAACACCAUCCAGCGCAAUUGACUUUGAUAGAGGUCAAGAACAUCGACAGUGUUACAAAUCAAAAUGAUUCUGGGCAAAUGGAAGUGGCCACCAGUCCAAGUUUCAGUAGCGAUAGCAUAGUAAUCUCGACUUCCGAUCCUUCCAGUAGUUCUAGCGAUGUUGUCCAAUCGACCGGGAUGCGUUUGCACAGUGCCGUUAGUUCAAAACCUAAUACUCAGAACAGGAUCAGCGGUCCGAGGAACUGCCUCGUAAGAGUCACACCCGGAUCGAAGAAUAUCCUCUUAGAUAAUGCUGGACAUUAUAAAACUGUAUUAUACACUAGUGGAAAUAGUAAACUAAAUACCGCGUUAGUUCAUUCGAAGAAAUUGUCUCGAUCGGGAUCUGAUAAAUCAAUUUCAACGAGCAGCGAAGAAAAUUCACCGAUGCUAAUGCACGACAAUAAUCAGUUGCAAAGAGUAGCCGAAUGGGUUCAGUCUUCGGUUCACAUGGACAAUUCUGAACCUAGUUACGCGGAGAUAAAGCCUAACGAGAACGUAAAAGACAAAAGCUCGUCGUUGAUAUAUUUAGAUGAUUCGCAAACGAAGUCCAAGUUAAACGAAAGCAAUCGAGCAUUUUCCGAUUCUUCAGAAAGUAAAUGUAAAAACGAUCAAGAGUUGGAGGAGGGCGGGAGAAAUUCAAGCAAUGAUGUAAAUAAUUUUUCAUCGGAUGUAAAUAAUACUGAAUCAGAGAAAGAGAAAGACUUGAUAUCUUUCGACGUGCCGCUUGAAGAACAAAAAGUAUUGCCCAAAUUUUCGAAAAAAAUGGACAGUGUAUUCGAAUAUGACGUCAAGAUCACGAAAGAAAUGGAGGAGACUUAUUUGAAACUUGCAGCGAGUUUAGACCCUAUCGCGUUAAGUUUAUCGAGCACGGAUAAUGCGGAUUUAACGAUUGAAAAGUAUAGGAAGGAUCACAAGAGGCUGCAAAAGAGCCACGAUAAGACGGGAUCAAAAAUGUAAAGUAUACCAGCAGAUAGUUUAAAAGAAAACAGAAGUUAUUACUAUUUCAGCAGGGAGUUCCUUUAAAGAUAACAGAGCAUUAUUUUUUGUAACUAAUGUGAAACUAAAGGCUGUACCGACAUCACUAGCUUAGGAAAAAACAUCGUAAAUAUCACUGCAGAUAUUGCCAGAUAUAGGAUUAUAUUCAUUUGAUUUGUAUUGUAUAGCUGUGGUAGUAGUACGGAUUAGUUUCACAGCAAUCAUGCAAUAUUGCUGGAUACAUGAAUUAUUUAGCAGUUACUUUAGCAAAUUAUUUUGUAAUCAAAAUCUGUGUAAUGUUAAUUGCAGCCAUAACUAGAAACAUCGAUUAGAUCUCUGUUAAAUGAUAUUAAAAUGUUUUUGCAAAAGGCA